UCUUUUGCAGAACGGCGAACGGAGCCACACCACAGCCGCAGACCAGCCAAACUCAGGUCCAGGGCUGCAACGUUGGGCAGCGCAGCGGAAUCGCAGAGAGAGCGAUAGAGAGGAUGUACGACGAGCUGAACCUUAGCUACGAGUCGGAAUCGGCCAGCGAUUGGAAGGUUUGCUACCAGCGUGACGUUCAGUACUGGAUGUCGCACGAGCUGCAAACGGACACGGUAAUGCCGGAUCUCGUCCGUACGGUGGCAUCACUGGCCAAGCAGUUCAAUCUUCCACCAGCGAUCGAAUUUUCUGCCCUCGAUACGCUGGAGUUGCUGCUGGUGCGUGCUUAUCAAUCGUGGAUGAAACAAUCGAUGCCGGCUCCGGAUGCACUCGGGCGGAAUAUGUCACAAUUUCUCGCUCAACUCCCGCUGUACACGGUGGCCGUACUGGAUGUGGUCAGUAAGUACAUCGACGCAUCGGUGAAGCUGGAUUUGGGUGCAGUGAAAAGGGCGACCAAUGUCACGAUACCACCGGGCGCCAGUAUGCUUUCGGUGGAGUUUGAAGUGAUGAAGCUGCUGGAGAACGAGUUCCGUUCAUCGUUGCUGCUCGGUGCGGUGGAACGAUUCACCAAGCAGUACCUCAUACCACUGCUGCGACCGGUGACACAGCAGAAGGAAACGAUUGCCCGGGCCGGUGUGAAGCUGUUACGCAUAACGAUCGCGGAACGUGGCACCAUUUACAGCAGCCUGAAGACCGCCAUCAAAGAUGAAACCUCGUUCCGGCGCUUUAAGGCGAACAAGCUGAUACUGGCCGCCUCGAUAACGCUCGCGAUACUGCAGCUGAUUACGGCGGGACGGAACACCAGCAGCAACUCCGGGUCGCAACCGCAGCAUCAGCAGCUUCUGCAGCGAAUCCUCGAACCGCUGGCCGAUGAUUGCAGUGUGCAGGCGACGAACCUGCUCUACCUACGUGACGCCAUACUCGGUGCCGUUGGAAUUGAUGUCCGUACCGGGUGUUGA